GAGCGAGAGCCUCGUGCACGGCCAGUGAGGAACGACAAAGAGGGGGAGCCGUGUUACCCCCACCACGGGGGUGAAAACUACCCCGAGAGCGCGUGGGGUGUCCGGUCUCGGCGCCGAGGCGAACCGAGCGCGUCCGAAGUGAGCACAGUGCCCGAGACAUCAGGUCCCGCACGGCACGACUAGGCGCACCGUCCGGCACAGUCCACUCAGAGAUACGACCCAUGCUGGACCAUCGUCGCUCUGGUCCACGCCGGCAUCAGGCAUUCGACAUCCGCGCGUCAGCCCACACGCCGAGACAACCUCGUCGGCAAGAACCUCGUCGAGAACGUCCAAAAGUACGCCGACCAGAAGGACACGCGUUUGACGAACCGUCCAGAAAGGAAUAGCACGUUGUUGUUCGUCUUGUACAUGUUUGAAACCGGAAGGACGUGAGACCAGCAACAGCAGAGUGUUUUGUAUUACGAUCUUCGCGAUAGUUACAGGAAGAUGUUACCGAAGCCGAUGAAAAUUCAGUUGAAAUACGCGUGUGUCGUCUGGCGCGCUUUUUAGAGCCUAUUGUAAGAAUAAGAAAGAGGAGACCGAGAAGGAGGAGGACCAAUGUGUGUGAAGCGUGUUACGUCAGUCGAAGGAGCGACAGUUACGUUGAUCUUAAGGCGCACUUGUUUUGUUUGUUUCAUAUCGGUUUUGCUUCUGAUUGUUCUGAUACUCUUAUAAUAUUUCGGUGAGAGGAAAGGUGAAGAGGAAAGGAGAGGUGAAUGACAACAGAAGAAGGAUGGGAUUGUUGGUAUAAUUAGUGAUAGCGUGUGACUAUUGGACAACGCGCGACGGGACACAGCUGGCCGCGACACUGUUGCGGUGACUCUGUUUACCAGAGGUAUAACUUCCACGAGGUGAAAUUCCUGCGACGGUGCCGGUUUUCUGGGAAAAAUUCGGCUGACUGGAAUCCACAGUGAAUCGCGACGGUGCCGGCGAAGCACCUGUGCGCGACAGAAAGUCUCCAGGUUUUUGCUUCUGUUUUCCCCGAAGUGUCGAUCGCGAUUAAACACCUUGGUUCGUGCUCUGUUCGUUCCACGUCUGUGUGAUCGCAUAUAUGUGCGCCGCGACGUGUGUCGUUUCUCGCGAACGCGCCGCGCUGAACGCCAGCCGAGGAACACGAUGAGGACGAACAUUAGUUGACGAAGAAGUGCGUCCCGGCCGACUGUCAGUUCCGUCGUCGUCGCGGCCAGGUGCACCAGACGAUCGGACGGUAAAUAGAACAGAAAAUCUUCAACGAGAAUACAUUCGAGAUAAUCGAGAAUAAAUUCAACGGAGAGUAAAAGAGAAAAAAAAGAAAGAGUGAUUCAAAAGGGGGGUUUAUCGCGAGGGUCGAUCGACGAGGAUCGAAAGACUCGAGGAACAGAGGAAGGAAGUGAAAAGUUGUUCAAGGUGGAAACAGGUGAAACGUCGGAUGGACUCGUUUCAACGAAGCAACACCGCGGGGCGGAGGUGAGGGGGAGGAGGACAGAAGGUGUUGACGAAUUUACUUUGAUUCUGCUCGAAGGAACCGUCUUCCUUCCAGCGUAGUCCUCACCUCCCCCUUUUCUUCAACAACUCACCGUUAAAAGAAAAAAAAAAAUAUACCAAGCAAAUUCGAAAAUAAGAAGUGUGUCGAAGAUUCGUUGGAAUCGCGUAGAAUAUCGGCCAAGACGAUCGAAGGACGAGCAUUUCGAUCGCGGAACUACCUUCCGUCCUGGACGUUCGAAGGAAACCCGUUGAUCGGAGGCAUAAAUCGUGCGACGCGCCACGAAAAUCGACGAACGUCACCAUGAGGAUCAAAAUGCCCGCGGUCAGGAUCGCGCAAGCGGAAACCUCGCAAGGCACCACAUCCCCAGACACCGUCCAAUGUGGGGCAUGCAGGGCGUCCUACCCCCUUGGCGAGAUCGUGCGGUUCAUCGAACACAAGGUGAAUCACUGUCGCAGCACUCUUCAAGGUUGUCACAGUCCACCGGCGACUGCGGCGCCGGAAGACUCCGAUCCGGAGGAUGCGCUCGCCUUGAAGACGGUCGACCAGGACUCGAAAUUGAACUCGGUGCCCAGCAUUUCGGCGCCCAUCAACAAAAGAGGCGGAGGAAGGUUGGAGAGUCCUCCGACGCUUCAAGGGUCCGGUCCGGACGCUGGAAGCCCGAUCGAGCUGAAAGCAAGCGCUAGCUCGACACCUAAAAGACGGACAGAAGCUUCCGACGAAGACAAGGAGGAUCUACCGAAGAAACCGAAGACGGAAUCUGUGGACGCGGACACCAAUACGGUCAAUUCUGAACCACGAUGGCUGCAGUGCUCGCAGUGUUCCAGAAGACUAUCUUCAGCGUGGGAUCUGCUCCAGCACGUACAAAGCGUCCACGGCGCCCGUCUAUACACUUCCCCGUCGUCAUCGACGAACUCCUCGUCGAACACACCCGCGCCAAGUCCACCAACGCCCACACCCACUCACACGCAUCACCUGAGCCCACCCAACCACCUGAACCUAAGCAGUAAAUCCACCGGAAGCUCAUCCACGGGAAACUCAUCCGGCGGCACGAGUUCCAGUGGUAGCAGCAGUGGACGACAACAACUUCAAUCCUCAGCGUCCCUUGUUGGCGAUCCGCUUCACAGUUUUCUAAGGUUACCUCAGCACCUCGAACGAAGCUUCCCACCCAUGUUUAGGCCGGACUUUUUGGCCUUGAAUCCUCUGGCCGGGUAUAGAGGCCUGCAGGAGCUACAGACUGCCACGAGAAACCUCCAAAAUCUUGGCGAUCCGCUUCGAGGUAUGGACGGUUUAAAUUUGGGAGAUCCCUUGGUCCGUAGUUCAUUGGACUCGUUGAACAAUGCCCGGAAUCUGGCGAACCUGGCCGAACUGUCGCACGGCCGUGGCCUCGCCGGUCAAGCGCAUCCUCCUCCACUCGAGGCCAAUCUGGAUUUUUACUCGGCGCGCCUAAGGAGCCUCGCUAAUCCGUCCUUAGGCGCGGCUCCACCUAGUAGCGGUAAUUCGACGACGAAUUCGAACCCACCCGCCCCGGUACCGCCUGUACCUGUACCGAGCACCGUCCAGCAACAACAACAGCAGCCGCCAGCAGCACAAAAUCACAGUCAACCUGUCGAACCUCCCAGUCCAGCGUCGAACAACGCUACAAUACUGACACAUAACAAUCACCAAAAGGAGAAUUCGCCGCCCUGCUACAGUCAGAGCCCGGUUGGUCAUCAUAACAAUAAUAAUUCGACCGAUAGCGAGAAGACCAGUCCGCCUGUCGCCUCGACGCCCAUCAUCGCAGACUCUGUAUCAGAAACGAUUUACUCGUGCGAGGUCUGUGACAAAAAGUUCCGUUUCCAGUCGAAUCUCAUCGUGCAUCGAAGAAGUCACAGGGACAAGGAGAGACAGUAUGGACAGGAUGGAACGCAGGAUGGACAGACGACGCCGACGAGGUGCGAAGUUUGCGAAAUGGAGAUUCCAAGCUUUGCCGAGUUGAGGAAACAUAUGAGAAAAGAACACCAGGAGAAUCUGAACGCGGCUAGUCCUCAAGGGAGCGUCGAAACUGUUCCGGACGAUGGUUCCAGUUGCGAUGAGAAUAUGGAUCUCGAUGAAGCGGACGAGAACGAACAGAAAGGAGAAAGGGAAGAUACCGAAGAGAAUACACCAGAGGAUCUGAGUACUACUCAAGGUCAAAGCGGAGAGGAAAGCAGUGGUAGAAUAGAGCAGAAACCAGCCAGUUUAGUCGGUGAUUUGAUGGAAAAGUUUGGAUUAAGUAACAUCGCACAGUACUCGGAGGCUUAUAGGCAGGCUCUGCAGGAGAACCAUCGGGGCGGUUUCAUUAAAACGGAAUCGCCGUCUAACAUGACCAACUCUCUGAACAACAACAAGGAGAAAGACAGCGCGUUAUCGCCCACGAACUUCAAUUCCUCAACCACACCUAAUAUAUUCUCUGGUCAGGGUUUUCCCAGAUCUUCGGGGCCGGACUUUGGUGGCCUCUGGCUACCGAGUCCUCAUUACCUAGAAAACAAUGAAUUCCGUAAAGCAACGAAGGCUACCACGUCCAGUUUAGCCCUUCAAGGUUUACCAAGUCCCUUAUUGAAAAAGGAACGAAGUGGCAGGAACGACACGUGCGAGUAUUGCGGCAAAGUAUUCAAGAAUUGCUCGAACCUGACGGUACACAGGCGAUCUCAUACAGGAGAAAAACCAUACAAAUGCGAGUUGUGCUCGUACGCGUGUGCACAGAGUUCGAAACUGACCAGGCACAUGAAGACACAUGGUAGACACGGGAAAGACACGUACAAAUGUCGCUUCUGCGAGAUGCCAUUCUCGGUACCAAGCACGCUGGAGAAGCACAUGAGAAAGUGCGUGGUUGUGGUGCAGCAAGGUCCAAAACUAGGCAUGCCAUAUCCUGGUAGCCAAGACGAGGACUCCUCGUUGAGUACCAAGGACACUUGAUCUUGGAACGGAAGCCUACCGCCGAUCCCGCCACUGUGGCCACACAGACCACCUUAUCCGGUGUACUGAAGAGGGGAUCUUCUUCCUUGGAAGUGAAACAGAGGGCAGAAAGGCGAAUCCUGGACGAGGACAAGGAACCUUAAAAUGUUCAGACGAAGACACGGUUGCAAUGUACUCCGAAUAAUCUUCUCUGGUCAAAUGUCCAGGAUCGCCUCUCAGUGUUGGAGGAGGCGGUAGGUCGGUGAACGAGGAAACAGCCGAUCGAUAUGACCUGGAAACGGUUCCGGCAACACAAGGAAUAUACAUCAUUGUAUAAACGAAGAACAACGAGAAAUGUCAGCCUCGAAAGUUAAAAAGCCACGUUUGAGGAUUUCAAGAUGAAAAAGAAAGGUUUCCGAAUCGGAGGAAACCGAAUAUAAAGAAAAAUUCAAACUUGUUCGAUGGAUAAAGACAGUUUUAAACAUUGAACUAGAGAAACGAACGAAUGGUUACCACUUUGCGAGUCCCAGCAGAACUAUUUAAAAGAGUAAAUAAUUAUAAAUAAAGAAACUAUAAAUAUGAAUAUAUAUAAAUAUACAUAUUAUAUAGAUAAAGAGUAUAAAAAAUAUAUAUAAAUGUAUAAAUAUAUACAUAAAUAUAAAAUCGCGAGAGGAUGAAUUAUACAAAAUAUAAAUAUUAUACAUAGGAUAAUGAACAUAGUAACUUUAUUAUUGCAUUUGAAGAUUAUUUAUUUAAUAAUAAUAGAGAAUAUUAUCGCAUACUAAUACUGUAUAACGUAAUAUAUGUAUAUAUGUGUAAUGGAGAGCCGUGUUCGCGUGUAUAUGUAUGUACAUUACGUUAUAUAAUAUGAAAAAACCUGCAACCAGUUCGUACGUAUAGCGUUUAGGGUCGAAAGGUCGAGAAGAGGGGGCGAGAGAGGAGUGAUUUAGAGGGUUAGAAGGGGAAAAAUAAUCCUUUUGUACAUUGCACCGACGACGUCGCUUCGGUACAUCGAGCGUCUCUCUUUGUUUUCUAAGAAGAAAGAAAAAAGUGAAAACGCGAGAAAAGUCAGAAAAUAAAAGUGACAAAUUAUUCUUUUCCAUCGAGAAGAAGAAUAAUCACGUGAGCGAUUUCGAAGUUAUCCUUUGUGUAUGUAUAUAAGCGCGAAACAUCGAUAUUCGAAAAACCUCAAAUCCACCCUUAAAUAAUAAUUCAACAGCGUUUAGCUAUCGGAUAUUAGAAAUACAGAGAGUAUUUGAUGUACGAUUUAUCGUAUACAGCGUGAACCGGAAGUGUGCGCUGCGUUUUUUCUAGAUUUUAAGCUCCACCGCCCCAUCCUAUGUAAAAUAUAUCAUAGUACUUUUAUUGUCUAUUAAUAUUAUCUAAUAUUAUUAUAUAUGUUUCUAUUAUUGCUUAUUAUUAAUAUUAUUAUUGUCAUUAUUAACAUUAAUUAUUGACUUUAUUAUUAUUACUAUUAUAUUAUUAUUAUUGUCAUACUGAUUAUUAUUAUUAUUAUUAUUAUUAUUAUUAUUAUUCAUUGCCACUAUUAUUAACGCGGUUACAAGCGACUGUAAGCGCUGUCUUCAUUAUUUUAUCUCCGCUAUUAUUAAAUUAUUAUCGAAGAUGAUGUUUUACAUGGUUAAGAAGAUGCCAAAGUUGUUUAGGUUUAUCGGCGCGAUGAUCGUCGGCCGAAGAUGUUCGUCGAAGGCUCUCUAUCGAAACUUCUCUUUGUUGUUUUCGCGAUGGCGCUAUGUUAAACGGAUUUUUAAAAAAGCGCGUCUAAUUAACGUUCGAUAGCUAGUCAUAAAAAUUUGUCUAUUCACGUUCACAGAGAAAAAUCGAAUAAAAAUGAAAAGAAAUUAAUGCAGAUAAUAAAAGGAUUAUAAGGAAGAAAAUAAAAAUAACAAAAAGGUGAUAAAACUAAAUUUGGAAAAAAUAAUGGCUAUGAUUUGGAAAAAAUACGAUGUAUAGACGUUGAAGAGACAGUUUUGUGGUUGGCUCGUGUGAAGGGCGUUCGAGAAAUCUUCGACGGUCAUUUUGCGGUCGCAAAACACGCUGGCGCUAUUAUUAUAGCGCGUUUGUUCGUUGGUUAUAUUUAUUACCGUCGCGGCUGAUCGGAUAUCGCGCGGCUUUCGCAGGAUCGAGAACACGGAUAGUUGAUCCUGCGAAAAUCGUCGUGUCCACCAAGUGGCGCGUCCAAACGAUGCGACGGUUGGUUAACUGAUUAUCCUUUUACUUUCUCCGUUUUUUUCGUUGGAAGAAACCGAAGACUGAGGUACUUACAUAUUGUAUUCGCACGAUCCAGCGUUCAAUUAUCUUUCCUUUUCUCUUACGUUCCAUCAUACUACGUACUGUAUAGUUCUGUUUCUUCCCCUUUUGUUUUUUUUUUCCUUCGUUCAUUUCGUUUUCCCGAAAAACGCCUCGUUGUAAACGUUUUCGAAGGGGACUGUUCCUAAAUAAAAAAAAAAAAGAUGAUCUAGGCAAUAAGAUAAAGAGUAACUGGAGUAUAGCAUGUGUGUGCGUUUCUCGAUUUUUGUGUAUGUAUGAGUUCGUUGAAACUGUGCGUCUGCGCGUUAAAGGAAAAAGGAUCGAACGUUAGUUUCUUCAAUUUUUCCGUGCGUUGUGUAUUGUAUGAGUGUCAAUAACGAGUGAGUAAUAAAGGGAUAAAAGGAGAAAAAAACUCAUAUCAAGAUAGUUGUCUCGGUGUUAGACGUGUACGGCCCUAGGUAAAAGGCAAAAUGAUAAAAAAAUGAAAAUCUCGUUAUCUAGUUAAAGAAAAAAAAAGCGUUUGUUAGAUUGAUUCUGAAAUACGUACAUGCCAGGCUCCGUUUAUACGAUAUAUUGUAAAUAUAUGGCACUGCCCGUAGCAAAAAUGGGAAACGAAUACAGGGAGGUGGAGAACCGGGCGGAGAAUAAGGCAGACGAACAUGAUCGUCGGCGUUCAAACGUGAGAAAUAAAUAAAAAUCAUCAUAAUAUUAA